AUGUCUGCCGGCGAGGAGGAUCUCAUCGACUACUCCGACGAGGAGCUUCAGCCAACUGACGGCGCCGCCGGUGCCACUGGUGCCGCCGCAAACGGCGACAAGAAGGGCGACCUCACGGUCUCUGGCGCUGGCGCCGACAAGGGCAAAGGCAGCUAUGUCGGUAUCCACUCCACCAGCUUCCGCGACUUCCUCCUCAAGCCGGAGCUUCUCAAGGCUAUCACCGACUGCGGUUUCGAGCAUCCAUCAGAGGUCCAACAAGUCUGCAUUCCUCAGGCCAUUCUCGGAACCGAUGUCCUCUGCCAGGCCAAAUCUGGUCUCGGUAAGACUGCAGUCUUCGUGCUGUCCACUCUCCAGCAGAUCGAACCAGUCAACGGCGAAGUGAGCGUCUUGGUCAUGUGUCACACGCGCGAGCUGGCAUUCCAGAUCAGAAACGAGUACGCCCGCUUUAGCAAGUACAUGCCAGAGGUCAAGACUUCGGUGUUCUACGGCGGUACCGACAUCAAGGAGAAUGAGAAGCUGCUCAAAGACAAGGAGACACACCCACACAUCAUCGUCGCUACACCAGGUCGCUUGAAUGCUUUGGUGAGAGACAAGAAGCUCCGACUCGGAAGUGUGUCUCGCUUCGUUCUGGACGAGUGCGACAAAAUGCUGGACCAGAUCGACAUGCGCCGCGAUGUCCAGGAGAUCUUCCGCGCGACCCCCACCCAGAAGCAGGUCAUGAUGUUUUCUGCUACCCUUUCGCAAGCCACCCGCCCGAUCUGCAAGAAGUUCAUGCAGAGUCCUUUGGAGAUCUACGUCGACGAUGAGACGAAGCUCACACUGCACGGUCUGCAGCAGUACUACAUCAAGUGUGGCGAACAAGAGAAGAACAGGAAGCUUAAUGAUCUUCUCGACACUUUGACCUACAAUCAAGUGAUCAUCUUCGUCAAGAGCACUCUCCGUGCUACCGAGCUGGACCGUCUGCUACGCGAGUGCAACUUCCCAUCCAUCGCUGUGCACUCAGGAGUUAGCCAGGAGGAGCGUAUCAAGCGUUACCAGGCGUUCAAGAACUACGACAAGCGUAUCUGCGUCAGCACAGACGUGUUCGGUCGUGGUAUCGACAUUGAGCGUAUCAACCUCGCCAUCAACUAUGACAUGCCAGAGUCCGCAUCCAAGGACGUCGACGCGGAGGCAAAGGAAGCGCUGGCUCAAUGUGCAGACACAUACCUCCAUCGUGUUGGUCGUGCCGGUCGUUUCGGAACCAAGGGCGUUGCUAUCAGCUUCGUCAGCACUCCCCGGGACGAGAAGGUCAUCGACGCUAUCGAGGCUCGGUUCGAGAAGAAGAUUGAGGAGUACCCAGAGGGCGGCAAGGGUGUCGACGUCAAGGGCGGUGAUGAGUAA